UGCAUUUAUAAAGACCUUUAGGGAUCGGAGCUCUUGCUCCGACCGGAAAGAUCGCCGGCCGUCGACGCAAUUUAAUCACGAUGAGCAGCAGAGUCGGAGUCGCGCCGGAGGGUUCGGACCAGCAACUGGCCGCCGCAGAGGGCGAGGCGAAGCAGACGGCGGCGCCAAGGCUGAUCGCGAGACGGCACACGAGCGGGCAGCUGAAGAGCUUCGCCGCCCUCUCCAGCAGCCUCCUCCCCGCCUUCGGAGCUGGCCUCGACGGCAGCCACCCGGAGCUCAAGAGAUUCGUCAUCGCCCCCUUUGAUCCUCGAUACAGGCUGUGGCAGAUGUUCCUGAUGGUGCUGGUGUUCUACUCUGCGUGGGCGUCGCCGUUCGAGCUGGCGUUCCAGCAGGUGGGCUCGGGGUCGCUGCUGGUGUUCGACCUCGUCGUCGACGUCUUCUUCGGGAUCGACAUCGUGGUCUCCUUCUUCGUCGCUUACUUCAACCGCUCCACGUUCCUGCUGGUGGACGACCGGAGGAAGAUCGCGAAGAGGUACCUGAGGUCGCCGGGGCUGGUGAUGGACGUGGCCUCAACGGUGCCGUUCCAGAUCAUAUACCGGAUUCUCACCGGGAAGAGGAACGGCGGCUCGGUGUUCGGGGUGGUCAGCCUGCUGCGCCUGUGGCGGCUCCGGCGAGCCAGCAAGCUUUUUGCAAGGCUGGAGAAGGACAUCAGGUUCAGCUACUUCUGGACAAGAUGUGCCAAGCUCAUUUGUGUAACACUAUUUGCGGUGCACUCGGCGGGUUGUGUCUACUAUUGGAUGGCAAUUCACUACCACGACAAGGAACGCACAUGGAUCGGAAGCACAGUCCCGGACUUCGAAGAUCGGAGCAUUUGGUUGGGCUACACCUACUCCAUGUAUUGGUCCAUCACCACCCUCUCCACCGUCGGCUACGGCGACCUCCACGCGUGGAACACCGGCGAGAAGAUCUUCACUAUCUUUCUCAUGCUCUUCAACAUCGGCCUCACCGCCUACCUCAUCGGAAACAUGACCAAUCUCAUCGUCCAUGCCGCGACCCGUACUUUCCUCAUGCGAGACACCAUACACAAAAUUUCGCGAUUCGCGAGCAAGCACCGGCUGCCGGAGGGCAUGAGGGAGCAGAUGAUGGCGCACCUCCAGCUCAAGUUCAAGACCAUGGAGCUGCAACAGGAAGAAGUGAUCGCCGACCUGCCCAAGGCCAUCCGUUCGACAAUCGCACAGUACCUCUUCCAACGCACAGUGGAAGGCACAUACCUCUUCAAGGGAGUCUCCAAAGACUUCACAAUUCAGCUGGUUUCGGAGAUGCAAGCGGAGUACUUCCCCCCCAAAUUGGACAUCAUCAUAGAGAAUGAGAUCCCAACAGACUUCUACAUCAUUGUCUCUGGUGCAGUGGAUGUCUUGACAUCAAAGAGCGGCACAGAAAAGUUUCUGACGACACUAGGCCCUGGCGAUGUGCUGGGAGAGAUCGGGGUCAUCUUCAACAUUCCGCAGCCGUUCACGGUUCGGAGCAAGAGGCUCUGCCAAGUCGUUCGGAUAAGCCAUCGGCACUUCAUGCAGAUUGCGCAGCCUUAUAGUGCCGACGGGAAGAUGGUCUUUUCCAACUUUGUUCAGUUCCUUAAGGAACUCAGCAAGGACUUAGUCGAAGAGGUGCCAUUCGUGCCGGAAGUGCUGAGCCAGGUGACCGAAGAAGAACCCUCGGACGAACAAGAAUACAUUGAUGCUGGUUUGGAAGGAGAACAGCCUGAAGCUUACACUCCAACCUCAAGUGAGUUAGCCAAGAGAGUGACAAUCCAUGGAUAUCGCCCCGGAUCGACUGAGAAGGAAGACACAAUCAUCGCAGGGAAGCUCAUUUUUCUCCCUGAUUCAAUGGAGGAGCUACUGAGGCUCGCAGAGAGUUCAUUUGGGAUGCAAAGGAGCAAAGUUCUUUCAGCUGAUGGUGCUGAAAUUGAUGAGAUAUGCACCAUUAGGGAUGAUGAUCACUUGUUCAUAUGCUAGGAGAGGAGCAUCAAACUGCAAUGUGGCUGUGUAUAUAAGUUUCAUGUGGUGUGUGGGCUUGAGUGAAUUUGGAAUAAAUUUUGACUAUUUGGUUUAGUGAUACGCGAGUUAGAUUUGAAUUUCGAUUCGUAUAU